GAGUGUGCCAUCGGAGGCAGAAGAAGAAUCUCUGUCUCUCUGUGUCCAUGUCUCCGCUCUGUUCAAGGCUUCAUUCCUACAAAGACCGUCAAUGUCCCGCCUGCUGUUCUACCUCUGGAUUUAAGUCGGCUGGAUUACCGCUUGGACUCUCAGCUCAUUAUUCCAGGCUGCCACAUUUAAAUGGGAGGCAAAGUUGGACCUCCGUGGACUGCACAAAUGGUGACAAACAGUUUGAUUUUUCUUGUGCUUUUAAGAGCUUCCUAGCAUUCAAAAUGAUUUCACUUUUCUUCAGUAAAAGUGUUUUUAUAUGUAAAAUAAUUUGAGAUCCUUCUCUUUGGUAUUGUCUAUUUUAAGUAGGUUAGUCAUUUUGCAAUAUAACAUUUUGAACUUGGCUAUUGAGCGCAUUUUGAUGUGAAAGAUGAGUGGGGAAGAGGGGUAGAAAUAUGUCUCCAUUUUCACCUUUUUAAAAGUCAGCCACUCUAACCUUGGUCUUUCUGUUAUUUUUAAAACUGAAAAUGUGACUGUGACACUUUUUUGUGUGCUCUGUUAGUGUCAGAUUUUUAUUUUUGGUCAGAGUGGAGGCUUUACUUCGGACUGCAGGUGAACUUGCAUCUCUUCCAGUUCUUUGCUCUCCAAGGGAACCCUCAAACUAAACUCUUCCCUGUUAACCCACUUAGACGCCCCGAUCUCCCCUGUGGGGACUUCUCUAAAACGUCCGUCCUACUCUAGUUUUUUUGAGGAAAGCAAAACCCAAACCAGCAAAGGGGGUACUGGGAAGGAAGAUACCCCCCUCCCAAAGGUGAGAGGGGGGGAAGAUGGCAGCUCUCGCCAGCUCUCUCAUUAGACAAAAACGGGCGGUCAAGGAAGACCAAGCCAACCGACCGGUAGCCAACAAGCGCAAGCCCUGUCCUAAGAGCAACAAGUCCUUGUGCCAGAAACAGAUCCUGGUCCUGAUCUCCAAAGUACGACUAUGCGGGGGUCGAAAAGGUCGAAACGAAAAAAGACCGGAGCCACAGCUGAAGGGCAUUGUUACCCGGCUAUACAGCCAACAUGGAUACUACCUGCAGAUGCAGCCUGACGGCACCAUGGACAGCACGAGGGAUGAAAGCAGCUCAUUUUCACAGUUCAAUUUAAUUCCGGUGGGACUUCGGAUAGUGGCAAUCCAGGGGGCAAAGACAGGGUUAUACCUUGCCAUGAAUAGUGAAGGAUACCUCUAUACCUCGGAGCACUUCACUCCAGAGUGUAAGUUCAAGGAGAGUGUGUUUGAGAACUACUAUGUUACAUACUCCUCCAUGCUCUAUCGCCAGACCCAGUCUGGCCGCUCCUGGUAUAUCGGUAUCAACCGUGAUGGCCAGAUCAUGAAGGGCAACCGGGUAAAGAAGACCAAAGGAGCUGCACACUUCCUGCCUAAAGUUAUAGAGGUUGCGAUGUAUAAGGAGCCAUCGCUACAUGAACUCGCCAGUGAACCAGUGAGUCCUCCUCGGAAGACAGUGAAGACGUCAGAUUCGCCGUCCCUAAAGAAUGGACAGAAAGAAGCUCCAAAGGCUGAUGCCUCAUAGCACAGGAGACUGAGGGUGGGACAAAGGGCAACAGUGACACUGGGAACACAGUCGCCCAUUCUGCACUGAGGGUGGCUGAGGGAAUGGCCCUCACCGGCCACCACAUUCCCGAAAGUGCACUACAAGAUGUUGAGGGAUAAAAGGGUCAACAGUCCAUCAGCAGCCAACAAGGCCUGAGAGAGGAGUCCCCCCUCACCUGUCACCACAGAAGAAAGCCCAGGGCCUGAGCCAGAACUACUACCACCUCCCCCUCCCACUGUUUGUCUCUUUCUCUGCCCCCCGUGACUUCCUAAUGCACAGUCUCCUUCAUGUCUCUGUCAUGCUCAAGCUUCUUUGUCCCACUAACACUUUCAUCUUUUCUCACAUGCCUACCCACUGUCUGCUCUGUUGUACUGUAUAUUCACCACUCACGCAUUUCCAGCGCUGACUCGGCAUCAUAAUCCUCACCCAUGGGCCCCCUCUUGAGCUCUGAAGUCGGUGACACUGUAGCCCAGCCAGCUUUCUACCCACCAUCUGCCGACCAGCUAAGCUAAUCACCAAGGUCAACUAAAGCUCAAAAUGAGAUGAAACAGCUCAGAGGGGAAAGAUAUCAGUAGGAAUCCUGGGUCAGGUCAGGUCACCUGAGCAAGAUGAGUGCAUGAGAAAGUGUGUGGACAAAAUAACAACUACACUCAAGAAGAGUUUAUGACAUUAAACUAAUAGCAGUUAUUUUUCUUUUUUUGUUUUGUUUUGUUUGUUUUGGUUUGAAUAUUUCAACCAAUCCUGUGAUAAGAAUUGGAAUUCAUGACAGGCCUGAUGGAAAUGGACACGGGUAUGGAAACUCUGUCUGUAAAAGAUGAUUGAGAUGAUAAUAGUGCUAAAAACAUAUGAUCAACAACAGCAUGGCAGUGAUGAUAAUAUUAAAAAUGAUCGUGAUGCUUAUGAUAAUGAUAAUCACCAGAUCAGGAUUUCAGAAUUCAAGAAGGCGAGUAUGAUAUAAAUAAGUUCACAAGAGAGGUUGCAUGAGUGUCAUAUAAAAUAAAAUAAAACAAAAUAAAGCAACUAUUCUUCCUGGGAAGAUGAGCCAUAAAAUAGAGCAUAAAUCAAUAUUGUUUUUACUCUAGACUCUUGUGGAUAGGGUCAAAACAUCUGAGCAAUAUUUGUACGAACAAGCCAGAAGAUAAUUCUCAGCAAAGAAAAAAUGAAGUGUGUGAAUGAGUGAGAGAGUGAGCGUCACCCUCUUACCAGCCUCUCUUCUCUACCAGGUGACCAUUUAUUAAUGCACUAGCUCGUUAAAGGCUACAAAUGGACAACUGGGUCAUGUUUUAAACCCAGGGUGGAUCUGAACUCAAGUCACCUGAAAAAGGAGCCAUAGUGUAUACUUCACUCAGCAUCUGCUGUCAGCAUAAAGCCAGGUUUGAAGGCAAACAUCAAAGCCAGAGGAGCCUCUGAGCUGGAACACUUGUUAUUCUGAGGAUGUCUGGCAGCUUAUCCACUCACUAGCUUUAUCAAAUCACCUUGGAAGAAUCGCCCUCAAAAAUGUAGUUGUCUGAGUGAAUGCUUGGUGUGAUUGUGUUUUAACCCCUGUGUGUGGAUGUCUUCUACAGUAUGGAUGCACAGUAAGAUUCUGCAGGAGAUAGACUGAGAUACUGUGGGUAACCUCUACCAUGUCCUUCAGACAGGACACGACAUUGUGUCUUUGUUAUGUCUGUGUCUAGGAAUAGGUGACAUCCGUCUUAUGUACCAUUUCCACUGACUUUAGAGAGUUGUAUACAUUUCAAAACAGCAGGGAGGAGGAUCUCUGGGCAACCUCAUGUGGACUGAACCUACAAAGGUACUUCAUUAAUUCAAUAUUUUGUUUAGGUGCAAUCAACUAAUGUUUGAUGUGAUUUGCACUGAGUCUCUCAAUCAGAUACAAUUUUACAAAAAUAUGCAAUGACCUCAUAGAAGGUGAGGCUUCUAAAUGGGAGCUGUCAGGGCAUUGGUUGUUGUUGUGUCAAAGGCUGGCUGCUGUUGGGUGCUGUCUGCUCUGGUAAUCCACUGAGGGGAAAAAAUGUCACCACAGUGUUCAGUCAAAGUGCAUGGAUACCACCAACAUACACAGACAGCAGUAAGUCCCUUGCUAUGUCAGGAAGAGCAACGUUGGGAGACGUGGAAGACAAACAUUGUGUGGUUACUAAAAAUCACAGAUAAUCUCUAGGCGGUUCAAAGCAUUGGGACGGUGUCUAAUUUUAAUGGUAACAGAAUGUGAAGACGGGUUACAGAAUGUGAAAUGAAGGCUUUAUGAAUGUAUUGAGGGUGAGAGUAAGUCUGAAAUGGGGUGCUGAAAUGCAAAGAGGUCAGCGCAUGGAGGCAGUUAUUUAGAAAGAGUGAAGGAUUAGCAGGUGUAUUCUUGAGGAAUGUUGAUAAGGAAUUUCUGCAGCAAAGUAAGCUAAAUUCGUGGCAGGGUUUUAUGCGGCAUGUGGAUAUGAUAAUUAAUGUAAGACAAAGAGGCAUGUAAGGCACUGUGCGCUAUUUAUGACAGGGGGUCCAUGGAGGAAAUUAGUCGGAGGGCUUUGCUUUUUUUCAUUAAGUCUUUAAUUUUCUGGGCUUUUCCAGGGGGAAUAUCAUGCAGUUCAAAUUUGGAUAUUUUGUCCUUGUAGCAGAUUUUGCAUUGUAGACCUACAAAUCUCUAUUUUUGACAAGCCAAUGCUCCCUCUCCCUGGUGAAUUUGGUACAGCCUAGUAUGGCAUCUAAUUGUGCAUUCCUAACUACUGUAGGAUAUAGAAGUGUAUGCAGAGCAGGUAGUAUACAUUGCUAUAGGCGUAUUUUAGCUGUCAGUACUCAUACAGUUUUCAAUAUUUGUGCUUUUAAUCUGGGAGCUUCUUCAUGCCAGUUCACAUUUCAAAGUUGAGUGUAAGUCCGUUCUAUAAAAGGAAAGCACUUGGAAGUGCAAAGCAGUGACUCAGGAACAGCAAGGGAAUUGUGUAUGCCAAAAUGAGACAUUAUGGCAUAGUUUUCUCUCUUAGUCAAUACAGUAUUGCUGCAAACAAUAAUUACUUGCAUUAUUGAUUAAUCUGCCAAUAAUUUUCUUGAUUAAUCAUUUUGUCUAAAACAUGUCCGAAAAUUGUGAAAAAUUGUUAUUGUUUCCGACAGCCCAAAUGGACGUCUGUAAAUGUUUGUUUUUUUUGUCCGACUGACAGUCCAAAGCCCAUAGAUUACAAUGAUAUAAAACAGAGAAAAGUAUCACAUCAUCACAGCAACUUUUUAGGGGCAUUUUUGCUUGACAAAAACGAUAAAUCGAUAAUGAAAAUAGUUAUAGAUUAUCUAUCGACUAAUCGAUUAAUCGAAUUGUUGCAGCUCUACUUUACAGUGCAUUAAAGCAGCUAGAAAGUAGCCUAACUAAACUCAGAGAUUUAACCCUCACCAUGACUUAAAUGUCACUUUAUCAUGUUAAACAUCAGAGAUUCAAAUCCUCCAUAGAUUUCUCUCCCAAAAAGCAACCAGUCCUUAUCGUUACACUGAAGAAUGCCACAGUAAGUUGUCCAACGGUGGUACUGCAAGUAGACAGACAAGAACAGAGAAUGUUAAAUAGUCUGAUGUCGAAUGUGAAGUGAAGAACAAAGUAGAAUGUAAGACAGGAAGAUUGAAACAGAACAGUGUGUUUUUAGGAUGAAUGUGUUCAGAGUAAGUGAAUUGAAGGCAACAGAAGGUAGGAUUUUGGUCACGGAGCUGUUAACUAGUUCUGCGCUUGCAUGUAAAAUUUCUGGGAGAAAAUGGUCACGUGAGGUCAAUAGAAAAAGCUAGCCAUAUAGUAGAAGAGGUAUUAAUAGGAUCUUUGUUAUUGUAGUUUGAAGAAGUCAGAAAGUGUUCUGUUUUUUCCAUUCAGAAUACAUUUAUCUUGCAAAGCUAACAGCGAGGUGGUAACAUGGAAAAUAAAAAUACCAAUAUAGUUUGUGUGCCCACGCAUGAGAGAUUUAAAGUCGUAAUCCCUUUUCCUACACACAUCUCCUUAACCGCAACCUACAGUAUCUACAGCCCAUUAACUUUUCAACACUAUGUUACCUGUGUAGGUGUAUACAUACAGUGUGUUUAUAAGGUUUGUGUUUCUGUGUGUGUGUGUGUGUGUGUGUGUGUGUGUGUGUGUGUGUGUGUGUGUGUGUGUGCAUCUAUGAUUAAGGGUAAGACAAGACAGAGAGGCGAGGAGAAAAAGAAAGGGCAUGAGAUUGAAACAAUGAUCGAUAGACUCAAUAAAACACACACGAGAGAACAGCCACCCUGCGAUGGGUGCAAAAAUGUCCCCAAGGUCUUCCCCAAGACAGCAAAAUCCAUUUGUUCAUAAUGAACUCAGAGGGCUGUUGUUUGAUUUCUACCUGUAAAGAACCCAGUUGGACGACAACAGAAAGAAGAAUUUCAAACAGUUUGAAACAGUGUGAGGCUCAGCAGCCAUACUAUCCUUUGAGCCAUAUACAGUAUCUGCUAAGGGUAGCACAGGUGCAUAACAUAAACCACGUCCCUAAACUAUUAAAAGUCAUUGGAGAACUACAAGCACGUUGCACCUUACAAGCCAUGGGCAUUGCUUGAAACAUUUAAAAGUUAACUUGCUGUCUUAGGAGGUUCUUAUGAGAUUAUCAGAAACAAACAGGGAAUCCCUCUACUUUAUCAGAGUUAGUGGGAACAAAAGGCAAUAAUGAAUAUUAAACUGCAGUCAUCACUAAUGUCUGAGCAGUGCAGUGGAGAUUUAAAGCUUUAAUUGCACUGUACAACACUGCCAACAUCCAGGGAAACCUAACUUAAGAUUUGAUUUGAAGUGUAUUAUGAAGAGCCAACAAGGUAUUUUAUUUGUGUAAUAUAACAAUAUAACAAUACCAGGUUACGCUCACAUAAAUUAAUGUGUACAACAUCAGACUAUUCUGAGCUAUGUAUCUUUUGAUUUUAAAACUUUACAAUGUCUGUAUGCAGGAUUUUGUUACUUGUCUUUUUUUAAUCAAGGUGGGAAAAAUGUUGAAAUUUCAAACGAUGCUCUGGUAUUUUUGUGAAUUGCCCAAAAAUCCACUGAAUGAUCCAUCUUAAAAGCAGACCCUUGUAAUCAAACAAGAAGCUCAUCACUGUCCAACAUCACACUUCGUUCCAGUGUUAUAUUCUCAUAUGCUGCAGUUAUUUGCAGUCAGUGUCAGUACAUUGUUCCAAGUACUGCUGUGCCAAUAUGCAUACUGAAAUGUGUACCAUGCAGUUUGUCAAUUUAUGGGGAAAAUCUGUGUAUAACUGGCUCCCUCUAAUGGAAGCACUCGGUCGCUAAAAGGUAACACUGUUAAUGAGAGGCACAAAGAAACACUGUUUGGUUUGCAUGCAUAAUUUCUAAACAUCAAUCCACUCACACUCAAAGCUGCUUUACUGUGCUGAGAAAUCAUAUUUUCACACAGAUUUUAACAGUGCACUGCUUUACUGUUUGUUUGAUUUCCUACAAUUUAUAAUGAGGUUCGGUUGUUGACAUCAUGCUGUAAUGUGAUGAUAACGCACGCAUAAUGGCUUCCUAAUGUGGUUAUGAUGCCUUGUUAUGCUUUAUGUGCAAGGCUUCCAAAUGCAACAGCUCCUUACACUGGAUUGGUGCUCUCCUAUUGAAUUCUUUUAACUAAAAUGUCACUGUUUAGUUACUGAUGGUCCAUGACAGUAUUCCGUACAGAAUAAAUGUAUCCAGUAAAUAUAUAACAGUAAAUUGGAUAAACAAAACAAAGUUUAGCAUUAUGAAAUACAGUUUUUUUUUUUACUUUUUUUUCUUGCAAAACCCAAGUGAGGUUUACAAACUAUUGGAUUUUUUUUGGAACUGUUUGUGGCAACUGAAUUAUGCAAAUCUCAUCAAAAAUUUAAUAUAAAUCAGUCCUAAAAUUACAGUACAAAAUGGAUGUGGGCCAUGCUCACUGUUCCAAGUAUUAAAUAUUGAAAAAUGAUACUUCAACAAGGUUGAGCCUUGGCUGCAACACUGUGUUUGAAUAUUCCUACAUAAAUAAGCAUUCAUAUUAAAGGGCACAACCCAGAAGCCCAGAGUACUGUUGCUGCUGCAGUAUCAUAUUUAUCCUGUUUAAGUAAGUGGCCUCUUUGAGGAAUGCUAAAAAUGUGAAGGAUGUAAAAUGUUCCCCUUGAUCUCUAUUCAACGUAGUGGCAUGCUUCCAGACAACAAAACCUGUCUGGAUUGCCUAAAUGUACGGAAUGCUGCCAGUUUACAUAUAUGUUAUGUCAAUAAUACAAGUAGUGUAUAUCUGAUGUACUAUGUCAGGUCUAUUUUUUUCAGAUAUGUACUUAAAUAGUCGGUGUUGAUGAUUUUUUGUUAUUGUCUUUCAGUUGUUCUACCUUGUCAUGUUUCCUUUCUAAUACAAACUCCUCAGAAGGAGGAAGAAUUGUUGUGCUGUCCAAAUGUUCCUCCCUAUUUGGUGUGUUUUUGUCUUUGAUCUGCGCUGUUGUAUCCACACUGAUGUGUCCCCUGAGUGAACUUCACCCAAACUGAAUCCCACUGUGCGACUGAGUUGUGUGCUUGUGAAAGAUGCAAUGUAUUCAAGUGAAAACAGCAGGAUAACAACUCCUAAAGCCAACAUGUGUCCUGUCAUACACAGCAAUGACCUUGGUAGUCUCAGAGUUAUGGUCACGCAAGUCUUCCAGAAAGUUCCCACAACCUCUCUCCCCUACUCUUAUGGACUCUUGGUUAAACUCCAAUCUUCUUGUCUUCCGAAAAACUGACAAUGAAAAAAAAAAAAAGAUUAAAAGAAAAAAAAAAUCCAUAAAUAAAAAUGGGCCUUGGCACUGAUCAGCCACAGAGAGAAGGCCUGAAUCCUCAGGCACCUCCUGAGUGUUUCCAGGGAUUUAGACACAUGUUGGACUCCUUACAAUAAGAGCCAAAGCAAGCAACAGGGACGUACUGGCUUUUUUGACCACUUUGGGAAGCAGAAAACAGGAAUAAUGAAGACCAGCAAUAUGCAAUGAGAACUACAAGCCUACACUCAAGGAAGGGAAAUAAAUUCAACAGGCUAACAGACUACAGUCAGAAUUUGCAGGCUACAAAGGCAAUCAGUGGUCUGCAAUAAUAACUGCUAAUUGUCCAGACUGACAUGGGAAUUUUUUUGCAAAGCAUGCAUACGUCACUGUUCUUUGGCUCAUUAGGGAUGACUCCCUCUCAGUAUCAGACACAAGCCCUCGAUUCACCCUCUCUCCAUGUUUGCCAUCAGACCUGUGUACAUUUCUACAGUAACUCCUACAUGAAUUGAAAGGAGAUGUCUUAUUCUGGAAUAUUAUUCAAUAAAAUAACAUAUAUUUGUAUGAUUGUA